AUGGCGGAUACCAAGGCCGCUAGUGUAAGUGAAAUAGAAGCACUUUAUAAGCUUUUCAAGAAGAUAAGCAAUGCUGUUAUAAAUGAUGGGCUGAUUAACAAGCUGGGGAAACUAGCUGGUAGUGAUCUGGCAAAAGGCAACCUCACAUCACCUGUAAUUUUUGCGCUCAAAAAGGAGCCCAAACUUAGAGAUAUCAUUGAAUCUGAGUUCUACAAGACUGGUUCCCUUGACGAAGCAAUCGAACUAGUAAAGCAAUGCGGGGGAAUCGAAAGGGCACAAGAGUUGGCAAAAGAGAAAGCUGAUAUUGCAAUCAAGAAUAUCCAAUGUCUUCCUCAAAGCGAUUUCCGGUUAGGGCUUGAAGAUAUGGUGAUGUUUAAUCUAGAAAGGAUUGAUUAG